AUGUUGACAAGACGAAAGCAAGUUUCAUCUGAAAUAAGUGCGACAAACUUGAGCCGCUGUUUAACGACCUGGGACCUAGUCUCGUUGAGUAUCGGAGCAACGUUGGGGGCUGGGAUCUACGUUGUGACUGGCCAGGUUGCAGGAAGCAUUGCAGGCCCAGCGGUCAUUCUUUCCUUCACAAUUGCUGCCAUCGCUUCCGUCUUGUCCGGGUUGUGUUAUGCCGAAUUCGGCGCUCGUGUUCCGCACACAACCGGGUCAGCGUACACUUACAGUUACGUCACAGUCGGCGAAUUUGCGGCGUUCGUGAUUGGUUGGAAUUUAAUAUUGGAAUACAUGAUCGGCGCGGCCGCAGACGCACGGGCACUCAGCGGUUGUUUUGAUUACGUCAUCGGUCACGCGAUUCGUAACCUCACCUUAGCACACAUCGGAACAUUUCAUAUCCCUACCCUCGGGGAUACGUAUCUGGACUUUUUAUCCUGCAUACUAACUCUCGUAGUGACUGGCGUUCUGGCCUCGGGGGUUAAACAGUCCUCGGUGUUCAGUACUGUAUGUAAUGUAGUUAACCUUGCCGUUAUUGGGUUCAUUAUAAUUGCUGGCGCCUUUUAUGUAAAGCGUGAAAACUGGAGUCAGAAAUCUGGAUUUUUUCCGUUCGGUGUUUCCGGAGUUUUGGGCGGUGCUGCCACGUGUUUUUACGCUUUUGUAGGGUUCGAUGUGAUAGCUACCACAGGACAGGAGACUAAGAACCCACAACGUUCCAUACCAUUGGCCAUAAUGAUAAGCCUUUUCGUAGUAUUUAUGUGUUAUUUUAGUGUAUCCUCCAUUAUUACCCUAGUGUUGCCGUAUUAUAAGUUAGACAAGCUCUCCCCGAUACCCGAUGCUUUUGCGCAACGUGGCCUCCACAUUGCAACAUAUAUUGUUGGCAUUGGAGCUGUGUGUGGUCUGUCCUCAAGCCUCAUGGGCUCCCUGUUCCCACUGCCGAGGAUAAUUUAUGCAAUGGCAAAUGAUGGGCUACUGUUUGAGCCCUUCCGAAAAAUAAGCUUUGGAUCUGAUAUUCCUCUUGUGGCAACGAUCUACCCAGGAAUUUUGGCUGCGAUUUUUGCUCUCGUUUUUAACUUGGACGAGUUGGUCGAAAUGAUGUCGUUAGGGACGCUUCUCGCUUAUACCCUGGUGUCCUUAUGUGUUCUAAUCCUUCGCCAUCAACCGGACAGUCACUUGAGCACUGGUGAUAUUUCCUCAGACAGUAGUUUUUACUUUGGUGAACUUGCUCUCACCGAUAACCGAGCGUCUGAAAAUUCGGAAAAAGAAAAAGUUGACGAAACUUUUGAAACUGAGGACACACCUGUGGAUAACUUGGAUGAAAGUGGGACAGAUAAUGGCAAUUUGGGUAAGAAGAGGGUGUAUAUGGACACGGAAAUGAGGACGUCUAUGGAUGAAAUAUGUAAAAAUGAAGAAUUUGUGGAUAAAGCGAGUAUGUGCCAGAGAGGUGAAAAGAGGAAAAACUUGAAUGCGAAGAAUUUAAGAAAACCCGAAUUAGACGAAGACAGUAGUGGUAAACAGGGUGAAGAAAGGUUAUAUGCUACUAAUCUGGUUCACAAGGAAAAGACCGUUUGGGAUAAUAAUGAGACAGUUCAAUUCUCAUUUCCCACAGAGAAAACCGGUCGUACAGUAUGUUGGGCUUCAUUACUUCUGUGUAUUUCAUCUUUCAUGUUCUUCGCCCUAAUGAUCCAUGCUUCGGACCUUAUAUUACACAGAGAUUAUUUGGUCAUUUCCCUAACACUAAUCAUGGGAUUUCUAUCCAUCAUUUGUAUCGGUGUUAUCACAGCAAUGCCACAGAACUCGAGCAAAUUAUCCUUCAAUGUUCCGUGUGUCCCAGGGAUUCCUAUCAUGGCAAUUUUCUUCAACAUACUACUGAUGAUGAAGCUAUCACGAGUCACGUGGCUGCGGUUUGUCAUAUGGAUGGUGAUAGGUAAGGAUGGCAGUUUUAUACAAUUUCUGAGUUGCUUUUUAUUUCUUUCUAUUGGUGGUUUUCAUGCAGUAAGCGUCAAUUUCAGAAGUGUUAAAAUAUUUAUGCAACGACAUUUCACACCAUUUAUUGUCCAGAAAAUUCAAAUUGACCAGAUAGGAUAUAGGAUACUUUGUCAAACUAUCUUAGCUUUCUUCGUUCUUGAGAUAUUUUAACAAUUUUUGAUAUGCAAAUUAUGCUCACUAUGACGUCACAUUGCAUACCGAGUUUCUGAAAAAAACCUUCAAGAUCUAGAUCUUGGGAUAUCGUGCAUCGAAAUCAUAAAACCGUUUAAAUGUGUUAUGUCCAACAUACUACAAAUACUUAUUAAAAGACACGUUCAUUUGAGACUUUGCUUCUGACAGUUGAAAACUUGUAUUAAGUUGUUGUGUCAGUCAUUCAAAUGAGUGAGUAAAUUAUUUCGCAUGUGUUUCAUCAGUGCAUACAAGUGAUUAUGAAUUGGCGUAACUUUUUUAUAUACAUAUUAUUAAUGAGUAAGAAUGACUCAAUAUGGUUUCACGUGCAAUUUGGAAGAAUAUACUCGUGCAUUUUUAUCGUCUUUGAAAAACUCACUCGUGCAUGUUUUGUUUUCCAAAUUGCACUUAAAAACCAUAAUAUUACGUAGCUACCUGCAUGGCACUAAUUUCAUGUGUUCUUAUAUAUUCCUUUAAUUUUCCACCAAUUAAGAACUACUGACCUAAUCUCAGUUUCACCUAAUUUCAUAUUUCGUUAUUUUCUCUCCAAUAUAUAGGUCUUGCCAUUUAUUUAUUUUAUGGACUACGACACAGUCUUGUCGGACUGCAGGUCUGCAGCUAA